CCGGCUCCAGCAGCGCAGGGCCGGCAGCGAUGCCCGCCCUGCUGCCGGGGGGAGAGGCUGCCCGGCUCCCCGCACCGCCGCGCUCGCACAGCGGCAGCCGCACGGCUGAGCCAUGAUCGCGGCGGCGUUCCUGGUCCUGCUGAGACCCUACAGCAUCCAGUGCGCCCUCUUCUUGCUCCUGCUGCUGCUGGGCACCAUCGCCACCAUUCUAUUCUUCUGCUGCUGGCACCGCAGGCUGCAGAAGGGCAGGCACCCCAUCAAAUCCGUCUUCUCGGGCCGCUCGCGGAGCCGAGAUGCUGUCAUGAGAACGCACCACUUUCGCUCUGAGGUAAUUUAUUUAGCACGCAAUUUCAAGGGCUUUAGAUCAAGUCCUCGACAUGCCAGAAGACGUGUAGCACCUCGCCUUGAGGAAACACAGCCUUUAGUAGAAGCUCACCACCUAAGCGAGCAGGAAACCUCUGUAAGAAAAAGGAAAAUCAAGAAAAGCAGCCGAGUGCAACCAGAAUUUUAUCAUUCUGUUCAAGUUACUCCAACUCGAAAACCUAGCUCCGGCACCGCGUCCUACCGCUGCUCCAUGUCGUCCUCCGCCGAUCUCUCCGAGGAGGAGGACCUCAGCCAGAAGUCGGGCACGGGGUCGCCGGCGCCGGGGGACACGCUGCCCUGGAACCUGCCCAAGCACGAGCGCUCCAAGCGGAAGAUCCACGGCGGCUCCGUGCUGGACCCGGCCGAGCGGGCCGUGCUGCGCAUCGCCGAUGAACGGGAUAAAGUACAAAAGAAGACCUUCACAAAAUGGAUAAAUCAACAUCUCAUGAAGGUUCGAAAACAUGUGAAUGACCUCUAUGAAGACCUAAGAGAUGGACAUAACUUGAUCUCACUUUUAGAAGUCCUUUCUGGAGACACCCUGCCCCGAGAAAAAGGUCGGAUGCGUUUUCACAGACUCCAGAAUGUCCAAAUUGCACUUGACUAUUUGAAAAAGCGCCAGGUGAAACUGGUUAACAUUAGGAAUGAUGACAUAACAGAUGGGAAUCCCAAACUGACUUUGGGGUUGAUAUGGACCAUAAUUUUGCACUUUCAGAUAUCUGAUAUCCAUGUUACUGGAGAGUCGGAGGACAUGUCUGCUAAAGAGAGAUUGCUCCUGUGGUCACAGCAGACAACUGAGGGUUAUGCUGGAAUCCGUUGUGAAAAUUUCACUACCUGCUGGCGUGAUGGAAGAUUAUUUAAUGCCAUCAUUCAUAAAUACAGGCCGGACCUGAUAGACAUGAAUACCGUUGCUGUUCAAAGCAACCUUGCAAAUUUAGAACAUGCUUUUUUUGUAGCAGAAAAACUUGGUGUUGCCAGACUUCUGGAUCCUGAAGAUGUUGACGUUUCCUCACCUGAUGAGAAAUCAGUAAUAACUUAUGUGUCAUCACUUUAUGAUGCAUUUCCCAAAGUACCAGAAGGUGGUGAAGGCAUCAGUGCAAAUGAUGUUGAAGUCAAAUGGGUUGAAUAUCAGAAUAUGGUGAACUACCUCACACAGUGGAUCAGGCACCAUGUCACAAUAAUGUCUGACAGAACAUUUCCCAACAAUCCUGUGGAGAUGAAGGCACUUUAUAAUCAAUAUUUACAGUUUAAAGAAACAGAAAUUCCCCCUAAGGAGACAGAUAAAUUAAAAAUUAAACGUCUAUAUAAACUGCUGGAGGUCUGGAUAGAAUUUGGACGCAUCAAACUUCCUCAAGGCUAUCAUCCAAAUGAUAUAGAAAAAGAAUGGGGAAAGCUUAUUAUUGCCAUGCUGGAAAGAGAAAAGACUCUUCGUCCUGAAGUGGAGAGGUUGGAAAUGCUGCAGCAGAUUGCAAACAGAAUUCAGCGGGACAGCCGGAGCUGUGAGGACAAACUGAUACUUGCUCGGAACGCUCUGCAGGCUGACACCAAACGACUAGAGUCGGGGCUUCAGUUUCAACAUGAAGCAGAAAUAGCUGGGUAUCUUCUUGAAUCCGAGAACCUUCUCCGCCAGCAAGUGAUUGAUGCUCAAAUUCUUAUUGAUGGAAAAUACUAUCAGGCAGACCAGCUUGUACAAAGGGUUGCAAAACUUCGUGAUGAACUGAUGGCCAUACGAACGGAAUGUUCUUCUUUGUACAGCAAGGGACAUGCACUGACAACAGAACAGACAAAGCUGAUGAUAUCAGGAAUAACUGAAAGCUUAAACUCAGGAUUUACAACAAACCUAACUCCUGAAUUAAAUGCUGCAAUGUCUCAAGGUUUAACACCUAGUUUGACUUCUUCCAGUUUGACAUCUGGCCUCUCAUCAGGUCUUACUUCUAGGCUGACACCAGCCAUGACUCCUGCUUACACACCAGGCAUCCCACCUCGGUUAAUUCAGAGCUAUGUAACAGGAGUAGAUGGUGGAACUCUGCAAACGCUCAAACUUAUGCAGAUCAGAAAACCACUUAUGAAAUCAGCUUUUGUGGACCAGAAUUUAACAGAAGAAGAAGUGAACAUGAAGUUUGUCCAGGACCUAUUGAACUGGGUGGAAGAAAUGCAGGUGCAACUUGAUCGAGUGGAAUGGGGUUCAGAUUUACCAAGUGUUGAAAGCCAUUUAGAAAAUCACAAAAAUGUUCACAAAGCUGUUGAAGAAUUUGAAUCCAGCCUUAAAGAAGCUAAAAUCAGUGAGAUCCAAAUGACUGCCCCUCUUAAACUCAGUUAUGCAGAAAAAUUGCACAAACUGGAAAGUCAGUAUUCAAAACUCUUGAACACAUCGAGAAAUCAGGAAAGGCAUCUGGAUACUCUUCAUGAUUUUGUGUCUCGUGCUACUAGAGAGCUGAUAUGGCUGAAUGAAAAAGAAGAGGAGGAGGUUGCAUAUGAUUGGAGUGAAAGAAAUCCCAAUAUAACAAGAAAAAAGGAAUACCAUGCAGAAUUAAUGAGAGAACUUGAUCAAAAAGAAGAAGUUAUUAAAUCAGUACAAGAAAUAGCUGAACAGUUGCUUCUUGAAAAUCACCCAGCCAGGCUAACCAUUGAGGCCUACAGAGCUGCAAUGCAGACACAAUGGAGCUGGAUUCUUCAGCUCUGUCACUGUGUUGAACAACAUUUGAGAGAAAAUGCUGCAUAUUUUGAGUUUUUCAGUGAUGCCAAAGAGGCCAUGGAAUAUUUAAAGAAUUUGAAAGAUGCCAUAUACCGAAAAUACAGUUGUGAUAGAUCAAGCAGCCUUCAUAGGCUGGAAGACCUUGUCCAGGAGUCUAUGGAAGAAAAGGAACAACUCCUGCAGUAUAAGAGCACAGUAGCAGGCCUUGUGGGGAGAGCAAAGGCAAUAAUUCAGCUGAAGCCAAGGAACCCUGACUGUAUACUGAAAACAUCCAUUCCAAUUAAAGCCAUCUGUGACUAUAGACAAAUUGAGAUAACUAUUUACAAAGAUGAUGAGUGUGUAUUAGCAAACAACUCCCAUCGUGCUAAAUGGAAAGUCAUUAGCCCAAGUGGUAAUGAGGCCAUGGUUCCAUCUGUAUGCUUUACAGUUCCUCCACCAAACAAGGAAGCAAUAGACACAGCCAACAGGAUUGAACAGCAGUUUCAGAAUGUUCUGGCCCUUUGGCAUGAGUCGCAUGUAAACAUGAAGAGUGUGGUUUCCUGGCAUUACCUAACAAAUGAAAUUGAAGCGGUUAGAGCUGGCAAUGUUGCCUCGAUAAAAACAAUGCUGCCGGGUGAACAUCAGCAGGUUCUAAGCAAUUUGCAGUCCCGCUUUGAUGAUUUUGUGGAAGAUAGCCAGGAGUCCAAAAUCUUUACAAGCUCUGAUACUGCGCAGCUGGAAAGGGAAGUUAAUAUUUGCAAGCAAUACUAUCAAGAGCUUCUGAAGUCUGCAGAAAGAGAGGAGCAGGAAGAAUCUAUUUACAAUCUGUACAUCUCAGAAGUCAGAAAUAUCAGACUUCGUCUGGAGAGUUGUGAGGAACGGCUAAUCCGACAGAUCCGAACCCCAAUGGAAAGGGAUGAUCUACAUGAAAGUGUCUUUAGGAUUUCGGAGCAAGAGAAACUGAAGAAGGAGCUGGAUCGACUGAAGGAUGACUUGGGAGUCAUCACAGAUAAAUGUGAAGAGUUUUUCAGUCAGGCUGCUGGCUCACCUUCAGUUCCUACUCUGCGCUCUGAACUCAGCGUUGUUAUUCAGAAUAUGAACCAAGUUUAUUCCAUGUCUUCCAUUUACAUAGAUAAAUUAAAAACUGUAAAUUUGGUGCUGAAGAACACCCAAGGUGCAGAAUCAUUAGUAAAACUUUAUGAAACUAAGUUAUGUGAAGAAGAAGCAGUAACUGCUGACAAAACCAAUAUUGAAAAUCUUAUGGGUACAUUAAAGCAAUGGAGAUCUGAAGUAGAUGAGAAAAGAGAAGUAUUCCAUGCCUUAGAGGAUGAGCUGCAGAAGGCAAAGAUGAUCAGCGAUCAGAUGUUUAAAAUGCACAAGGAACGUGAUCUUGACUUUGACUGGCAUAAAGAAAAAGUUGAUCAGUUGGCUGAGAGGUGGCAAAAUAUUAAUUCUCAAAUUGAAAAUAGGUUGCGUGACUUAGAAGGUAUCAAUAAAUCUCUGAAGUACUACAAAGAUACUUACAAUUCAUUGGACACUUGGAUUCAACAAGUGGAAGAUACUCAGCGGAAGAUUCAAGAAAUCCGUCCUGAAAAUAGCAAAGCCUUGGCUAAACAGCUGAACCAACAUAAGAUGUUGGUUUCUGAGAUUGAAAUGAAACAAAGCAAAAUAGAUGAAUGCCAGAAAUAUGCAGAACAGUACUCAGCUGCUGUGAAGGACUAUGAGUUGCAGACUAUGACUUACAGAGCUAUGGUUGAUUCCCAGCAAAAAUCUCCAGUGAAACGCCGAAGAAUGCAAAGCUCAUCAGACUUCAUUAUUCAAGAGUUCAUGGAUUUACGAACUCGUUAUACUGCCUUAGUGACUUUGAUGACACAGUACAUCAAGUUUGCAGGUGACUCUCUGAAAAGACUGGAAGAAGAAGAGAUUUUAAGGAAUAAGGAGGCAUCAGUGCGUGAGGCAUAUUCAGAUCUAAUGGCACAGCAAAAUAGCACAACUGUUGAGAACAGAAAACUCAUGGGGAAGGUAAAAGCACUUGAGGAGAUGCUGGAGAAUGUGAAGAAACAAAAAUUCCAAGUGGAACAGGAGCUCCCUAAACUGAGGGAAGCUGCAGAAAAUGAACGGAGGAAGCAGCAAAAGGAAAUGGAAGAGAUCUGUCUUCAAAAGACCAAGGCUGAGCAAGAGGCAAAGCAGUGUCGCAUGGACCUAGAGAACACUGAGAAAGAGAAAGCAGAUGCAAUGCAGGAGUUGGAGUGUGUAAGGCAGCUCAUUUUUCAGGCAGAGACACAAAGAAGUAUACUGGAAGAAAACCUCCGAGCUUUUCGAAAUCAGAUGGAAGAAAGCACCUUUACCAGAAGAAACCUUGAAGAACAUCUAAGAAGAAAAGAUACUGAUCUUCAUGAUUUAGAGCAGCAAAAAAAAAGCCUCAUGCAGGAGCUGAAGAAAAAAACAGAAGGAGAAGAGAAACUUAUGAAACUGAUAAAGCAAAUGGAGCAAGAUCUUGAGUUUAAAGGGAACCUGUCAGAAAUAAAGCUGCAAGAAAAAGAGAAGACUGAAACCAGAAGGAAAGUUGUUGAAGGCAGGUACACUGUGACUAGAGAAACUUCCCUGCCAACUUACACAGCUGGGCAAGGCAUCCAGUGUAGGACUGGUUCUGAAAUUACAAGUUUCCAGAUGAAACAAGAAGCAAAGAAAGUAGAAGACCUUAAGCAGAAGGUGGAUGAGCUAGUCCUUGCUAACAAAAAAGCUGAUAAAACCAUUAAAGACCUCAAAUAUGAACUAAAUGAAAUUGAGCUUCAAAAAUCAUCAGCAGAAGAAAAGUCUCGUUUAUUAAAAGAAAAAUUAGAUGAAGUCAAUAGUGAACUUAAAUGCCUAAAAAUCAAAUUGGAGGAAAAAGACCAAGUAGAGCAGAGUUAUCUGCAGCAGUUGAAGGAACUUGAGAAGCAACUACAUAGAACCACAAGUAAAGCUGAAGAAGUGAUGCAAGAAGCUAUAGAUCUUAAGCAAAUUAAGAUGAACUAUCAGGAGGAGCUGAAAUCUGUUCAACAGGAAAACAUACAGAUGAAAAGAGAAGUAGAGGAAUUAACUAGAUCACAAGCAAAAAGUGAAAUCACUAUCAAACAUUUAAAUUCACAAAUCAGUUCUCUUCAAAAAGAGACACUGGCAGCUGAACACAGAACACAAUCAUGCAAAGGAGAAGCAAAUUAUCUUCAAGACCAAUAUAAGAAACUUCAGGAACAAAUGCUUCAUAAAACGAAAAGAGAAGAAGAAAACCUGCAGGAAAUUCAGAUGCUGAAGAAUGAAUUAACCAAAAGUAAUCAGAUGUCAGAAACAUUGAAACGAAAGAUAGAGGAUCUUAAUAAAUGGAAUACUGAAACGAAACUACGGAUGAAGCAAAUUCAGUCUGAGUCGGAGAAGAUGACUUUGGAAAAACAAAGUAUUCAGAGGAAAAAUGAUGCAUUAAAAACCCUAGCAGAUGGUUUCAAAGAACAGCUGCGUACAACAAAUGAACAACUGCACAAGCAAAUAAUAAUGGAACAAGAAUUCAUAUGUAAAAUUAAAAGCCUAGAAGAUGAUCUCGCAAAAACAAAAGACUUAGCCAAUGAAUAUAAACAAAAAUAUGAUAAACAAAGUGCUUCCACCCUAACCAUCGACCUGGAGAUUAAAAAUCUAAAUACCCAAAUGUGUGCUCUAAGUACAGAAAAAAGAGUGAAUGAACAGAAAAUACAGCUGCAAGAAGUUCAUAUACAAGAGCUAAGUAGUAAAUUAAAAAAAUUACAGGAUGAACUCCAUCAGAAGACUCUGGAUGAACAAACGGCACGCAAGAAAAUGAUUCUGUUUCAAGAAGAAUCAAUCAAAUUUAAACACUCUGCAGAGGAAUUUAGGAAAAAGGUGGAAAAAUUACUGGAAUCUCAUAGCAUCACAGAUAAGGAUAUUUCUGGCAUAAAAUUAGAGUGUGUUGCUCUUCAACAGGAAAAGCAUUUGGCUGAGGAAAACAUCACGUUGUACAAGAGACAGAUUGAAGAUCUGCAAGAAAGGCUUAAAAAAUAUCAAGAACAACUGCAGCAAGGAAAGCAUGCUGAAAUGGACUAUCAUCAGAAGUGCAGGAAACUUGAGGAAGAGUUGGAAGUGCAGAAGCACAUGGUUGAGGACUUGAAACAGAAGAUGGACUUGCAGGUCAAGGAAAGUGAACAUAGGUUUCUUUCGUUUCAGAAUGAAGUUCAACAGAACAGUAAAAUCAGAGAUUGUGGAUUUAAAUUGAGCUGUGAGAGAAGAGGAAAUGAAUUGAAUUACUUGAAUGACACCUCAUCUAGAGAAUUUGAACAUCAUCCUCCACAUGUAAAACCUUGUUCGCCUUUGUUAAGGCAGAAACAGGAGAGGACAAGUUUUAAAUCUGAUCAAAUAGAAGAAAAUACACUGUAUGUGAGUGCCGAUGAUACAGUAGCAAGGGAGGUGCAGUUCCAGAUGUCAAGAAUAAAUCAAUCACUAGAAGAUACAAGACCACAAUCUUUUACAGAGUUUGUUUCUCAAACGAGUACACAGUUCCAAAUAACCUUUGAUAAAUCAAGUGAAAUCACUGGAACAUCUGAAAGAGACAAACUGAGACACAGGAACCUACACAGUUCCAGACAAACUAGUAGGCCUGGAGAAGACAUGAAACUUGAAUUAGGAUUAGUAAAAGUGCAUCCCUUGGAGAAGUCAAUGGAAGAAGAAAAAAAAGAACAUGUUGAGAAGGCUGGGGAUUUACUGAAAUGGGUGUCAAAUCUCAGCAAGACACUCAGCAAAGAAGGGGGAGAAAAGGCUGAAAAGACAGAUUUGCCUAAGCAGCAGAUAUCCCUUGAAGAAAUGUCAGCUAAGAAAGAACAAAUAGCUGAAGCUCUGCAGACUACUCAGGCAUUUUUAGCUAAACACAGUGACAAAAUGACAGAUGAAGAGAGAGAUGAAAUGGAAAAACAAGUCAGAUCCCUCCAGGAGAGCUACAGUUUGUUAUCCAAUGAAGCUUUGAAGCAACUGCAGGAAGCGCAGUAUUUGGAUGAUGAAAAGAUGGAAGAAAAGGACGUGGCUGAACGGCAGCAAGAAUGCAAAGAGAAACUGCAGGAAAUAUGUGAUAUGCUUACACAGACUGAAAAUCGACUCAUUGGACAGCAAGAGUCUCUUGUUAUUGGAGACAGCAAGACUGAGCUAGAACAAUACCAGACCAAACAGGAGGAGAUACAAAAAGACAUGAGAACAAGUGCACAGACGUUGGCAGAGAUUGUGAAAAAUACUGAAAACUUCUUAAAAGAAAAUGGAGGAAAAUUGUCACAAGAAGACAAGACUGUUCUUGAACAGAAACUGAAUGAAGCAAAGACAAAGUGUUUGCUCCUUAGCCAAAAGGCAGAAGAAUCCAAAAAAGAACUGGACAAAGCUAUGACAACAGCAAUUAAGCAGGAAACAGAAAAGGUUGCAGCCAUAGAACAGCUGGAAGAAAGUAAAAAUACAAUAGAAAAUCUCUUGGAUUGGUUAUCAAAUGUGGAUAAAGAAGCUGAGCAAGGCAGGAAAUUUAAGCAGGCAAUAGAACAGAAUGGAACACACUUCGGAGAGGGUGAUGUGAAGUCUUUGGAAGGAGAGGAGGAUGAUGUCAAUGGUAAUCUGCUGGAAAUUCAGCAAGACAUUGAAACUCAGGUGGAUGGACUAGUAAAAAGCACAGAAGAUAAUCUGAACCAGCAGUAUCAGAAAGUCAAGGCUCAACAUGAGAAAAUUAUUUCACAGCAGCAGGCUGUCAUAAUAGCAACUCAGUCUGCUCAGGCACUACUUGAGAAGCAAGGACACUACCUUUCUCCUGAAGAAAAAGAGAAGAUGCAGAGGAACAUGAAAGAGCUGAAGGCUCAGUAUGAGACUGCAUUAGCUGAAUCAGAACGGAAAAUGAAGAUGACACAUUCUCUGAGGGAAGAACUUGAGAAAUUUGAUACAGACUAUAGUGAAUUUGAAACCUGGCUGCAGCAGGCAGAACAAGAACUUGACAAUUUGGAGGCUGGUGCUUCUGACUUCAGUGGUAUUAUGGUCAAAUUGAAAAGGCAAAAGAGUUUUUCAGAAGAUGUUAUAUCUCACAAGGGUGAUUUACGGUAUAUUACAAUUUCUGGACAAAGAGUUUUGGAUGCUGCAAGGUCAUGUAGCAAAAGAGAUGGCGUCAAGGUUGACAAAGAUGGUAUAGAUACUUCGGCAACUUAUGCUGAAGUGCAAAAUAAACUGGAUAGCGCUUCAGAUCGUUUUAAAUCUCUCUAUACUAAGUGUAGCAUCCUUGGAAAUAACCUUAAAGACCUGGCAGAUAAAUACCAGCAUUAUGAAGAUGCUUCAUCUGGACUUCUGUCAGGUCUUCACGCCUCUGAAGUAGCUGUGAACAAACAACUAUCUGAGCCAAUUGCAGUGGAUCCCAAAAAUCUCCAAAGACAACUAGAAGAAACCAAGGUUCUUCAGGGACAAGUGUCUAACCACCAAAUUGCUGUAGAAAAACUGAAAAAAGCUGCUGAAGUGCUUUUGGACUCAAGGGGGGAUUUGGCAUCAGACAAAGAGGAGAUUCAGAAAACACUGGAUGAUAUUGUAGAGAGAUAUGACAAUUUAUCCAAGUCUGUGAAUGAAAGGAAUGAGAAGCUCCAAAUAACAUUGACACGAUCCCUAAGCGUGCAGGAUGGUUUGGAUGAAAUGCUGGACUGGAUGGAAGGUGUUGAAAAGAGCCUUGAAGAGCAAGAUCAAGUGCCUUUGAAUUCUGCUGCUAUUCAAGAUAUCAUUAGUAAAAGCAUUAUGCUGGAACAAGACAUUGCAGGUCGUCAAAGCAGUAUAAACACUAUGAAUGAGAAAGUGAAGAAGUUCAUGGAAACAGCAGAUCCAUCCACUGCAUCCUCACUGCAAGCUAAAAUGAGUGAACUUGCAGGACGUUUUUCUGCAGCGAGUAAGAAGCAUAAAGAGAAACUUACAAAAAUGGAGGAGUUGAAGACUAAAGUGGAGUUAUUUGAAGGUCUGUCAGAGAAACUCCAGUCAUUCCUAGAUGAGAAAAACCAGGCUCUUAGUGAGACUGAGGCACCAAGAAAGGAUGUUAGUGAAGUGUCUCAGUACAUGCAGGAGGCUAGUGUAGAAUUAGCGAAACAUAAGAAAGACCUGGAAGUUUUGCAGAACCUUCUUGAAGAACUAUCUUUACAUGCUCUUCCUGGGGAUAAAGCAUUGGUACUAGAAAAAGUAAAUGCUUUGUCAAAAAAAUUCAGAGAGGUAGAGGAGACUGUAAAGGAAAAAGAAGAGGAUGUAUCAUCUUGUCAAAAAGAAAUUGAUACUUUUGAGCUACUUGUAGAAUCUUUAAAGAAAUGGAUAAAAGAGACGACAGAACGAAUACCUGCCUCACAACCCUCUCUGAAUACAGAAGAGUUAAAGAAGCCUUUGGAAGAUACAUUGAAUUUAAAAGAUGAAUGGACAUUAAAAGCAACUGAGCUGCAGAAAAUGAACAGCAGAGGAACAUUGUUAUGUAAUCUGAUUAGUGCUGUGACUUCUCCUGCAAAACUGAGAACCAUUGCAAAAUCAGGUGGCACAGUGUUAAAUGGUGAAGGAGGAGCUCCAGGAACUCAGGAUUUUCUGAAAAACAAAGAACUGACAAGUGUUCAACAAGCCAUGUCUGAUGUAAAUCAUAGUUACGAAGAUUUGGGGGUUUCACUGAAUAAAAAGAUUUCAGAAUUAGAAAGUAUGCUCUCAAAAAUGCAAAACAUUCAAGAAGAAUCAACCUCAAUGAUGCAGUGGUUACAAAAAAUGGACAAAACUGCAUCAGAUUGGGAAGCCGCUCCAACUGACAGUGAAGCUGUUAAAGCUCAAGUUGAGAAACAUAAGCUAUUUGAAACUGAAUUAAAGCAAAGUGAGAACAAAGUGCAGGAACUAAAGGACAAAGUGACAGAGCUGUUGGAGAAGAACCCCAACUCUCCUGAAGCACCCAAGUGGAGACAAGUAUUGGAUAAAAUAGACUCCAAGUGGAAAGAGCUCAAUCAAGUUACAUCUGAGAGACAACAAAAACUGGAAGAGUCUUCAAAUUACCUGACCCAGUUCCAGACAGCAGAAGCUCAGUUAAAGCACUGGCUUGUAGAAAAGGAGCUAAUGGUCAGUGUGCUGGGACCACUAUCAAUUGAUCCCAAUAUGCUGAAUACACAAAAGCAACAGGUUCAGAUUCUGCUCAAAGAGUUUGACACCAGAAAGCCACAAUAUGAGCAGCUAACUAUGGCUGGUGAAGGGAUUCUGAAGAGACCUGGUGAACAUCCCCCCUCUCAUGACAUUGUAAAAGAGCAGCUGGCAGCCGUGGCACAAAAAUGGGACAACUUAACUGGCCAGCUGAGUAACAGAUGUGACCGAAUUGACCAAGCCAUAGUGAAAAGCACGGAAUAUCAAAGCCUACUCAGAAGUCUGUCUAAUAAGCUAGGUGCCUUGGAUAGCAAACUGAGCAGCAGCCUGGCUGUGAGUACACAACCUGAUGCUGUGAAACAACAACUAGAAAUUGCUAAAGAAAUGAAGAAGGAAAUAGAACAGGAAAUGAAGAAUAUAAAUGCAGCUCAAGUUCUUUGUGAAGAGCUCUCAACGCUGGUUGGAGAAGAGUAUUUGAAAGCAGAACUUACAAGGCAGCUAGAUGGCAUCCUCAAAUCAUUUAAGGAUAUUGAGCAAAAAUCAGAUAAUCAUGUUCAGCAGCUUCAGUCAGCGUACACCACUUCUCAUCAGUUCCAGCAAACGUCUAAGGACUUUCAGGCCUGGCUAGACAGAAAGAAAGAAGAGCUGACCCAGGCUCGUCCUAUAUCAGCCAAACUUGAGACCUUGCAGUCCCUAAUUGAAGAACAGAAAGAUUUUAUGAAGACCCUGACCAAUGAGAUUAGUUCAUACGAAAAAAUUGUUGCAGAAGGAGAAAGUAUCUUACAGAAGACUCAAGGAGAUGAUAAAGCAGCUUUACAGGCUCAAAUUGCCACACUCAGAAGUAAUUGGGAUGAAAUGGAUAAGCAGGCAAAAGAAAGGCAAGGUAAAUUGACAGAUUGUCUGGAGAAAGCGCUGAAAUACAAGCAGCAUGUAGAAAACUUGCAGCCAUGGAUAGAGAAAUGCCAAAGCAACCUGUCUGAAUUAAAAGUUGGCAUAAACCCUGUUGAAAUAGAAAAUUCUGUUGUUCAGGUAAGGGCCUGGCAGAAGGACCUGGAUAAACACCAUGGGAUAGUGGAACUACUAAAUAACACUGCUGAAAGUUUGCUCAAUGCUAGUCAAACAGAUAAAGAAAUUGUUAAAGAAGAAACUAAGGUGCUGAAUGAGAAAGUGAGUAUGGUCACAGAACAAUUGCAUAAGAAGAGAGAGUGCUUGGAAAAUAUGGCACAAAGGCUAAAAGAGUUUCAGGAAUCAUCCAAGGAAACAGAAAAGCAACUUAAAAGUGCUAAAGAGCAUCUGGAAGCUCACGAUUCACUUGGACCUCAGUCUUUCAGUAACAAACACCUGACAGUGAUGCAGGCCCAGCAGAAGGCUUUGCAGGCUUUAAGGCCUCGUGUUGAUUUAGUAAAAAAGCUUGCCCAAGACCUGGUAGUAGAAGCUUCUGAUUCAGCAGGUGUUUCUGACCUUUUGCUUCAAGCUGAAUCUUUGGAGCAAGAAUACACUGCAGUGAACCAGCAGGUUGAAGAUAGGUGCUCGUUCUUGGAAACAAAACUUCAGGGAAUUGGUCAUUUCCAAAACAGCAUCAGAGAGAUGUUCUCUCAGUUUGCAGAGUUUGAUGAUGAACUUGAUAGCAUGGCUCCUGUGGGGAGAGAUCUUCAUGUACUGCAAUCGCAGAGAGAGGACAUAAAAUAUUUCCUGAAAAAGUUGGAAGAUCUUAUAAUGAAUAAUGAAAAUGCUAAUAAAAACUGCAAAAUGAUGCUAGCCACAGAAGCUGAAGCUUCUCCUGAUCUUGUUGGUAUAAAACGGGACUUGGAAGCAUUAAAUAAACAGUGCAACAAACUACUAGACAGAGCAAAAGCCAGGGAAGAUCAAGUGGAAAGUACAAUUAACCGUGUUGAGGAGUUUUACAGUAAGUUAAAAGAAUUUUCCAGUCUGCUUGGGACAGCUGAAGAACAUGAAGAAUCGCAAGGUCCUGUUGGAAUGGAAACAGAAACUAUUAAUCAGCAGCUGAAUACAUUCAAGGUAUUCCAGAAAGAAGAAAUUGAGCCCCUGCAAGUUAAACAACAGGAGGUGAACUGGUUGGGUCAAGGCCUUAUUCAAAGUGCUGCCAAAAGUACCAACACAGAAAGCCUUGAACAUGACCUUGAAGAUGUUAACACCCGGUGGAAAACUCUUAAUAAGAAGGUUGCCCAGCGUGCAGCGCAAUUGCAGGAAGCCCUCCUUCACUGCGGGAGAUUUCAGGAUGCCCUUGAAUCUCUGCUUAGUUGGCUCAUUGAUACAGAAGAACUUGUGGCUAAUCAAAAGCCACCAUCGGCCGAAUUCAAAGUUGUGAAAGCCCAAAUACAAGAGCAGAAACUUCUCCAGAGGCUGUUGGAUGACCGCAAGCCUACUGUUGAGGUAAUCAAGCGUGAAGGGGAGAAAAUUGCAGAGUCAGCAGAACCUGCUGAUAAAGUGAAAAUCUUGAAGCAGUUGAGUUUGCUGGAUAGUCGAUGGGAUGCAUUGCUCAGUAAAGCUGAAACAAGGAACCGUCAGUUGGAAGGCAUCUCAGUGGUGGCACAGCAGUUUCAUGAAGCUCUGGAGCCACUGGUGGAGUGGCUGUCCGCCACAGAGAAGAGACUUGCAAAUGCUGAACCCAUUGGAACACAGGCUUCCAAGCUGCAACAGCAAAUUUCUCAGCAUAAAGCCCUAGAAGAUGAUGUCCUAGCUCACAAUAAGAGUUUGCUUCAGGCCAUUAGCAUUGGUCAGUCUCUAAAGACUAUGAGCUCCAGGGAAGAUAAAGAUAUGGUGCAGGAAAAAUUAGAUUCUUCUCAGGCCCGAUACGUUGAGAUUCAAGAGAAGAGCAACAGCAGGUCUGAACUUCUACAGCAAGCAUACUGCAAUGCUCAGAUUUUUGGGGAGGACGAAGUUGAGUUGAUGAACUGGCUGAAUGAAGUCCAUGAUAAACUGAGCAAGUUGUCAGUCCAAGAUUGCAACACAGAAUUGCUUGAGAAACAGCACUCUGAACUCCUGGAGCUUCAGGAGGAGAUUCUUCUCAGAAAACAAAAUGUUGAUUUGGCUAUACAAAAUGGCUUAGAGCUUCUCAAACAAACGACAGGUGAUGAAGUUAUAAUAAUUCAAGAUAAACUUGAAGGCAUUAAAGUGAGAUACAAGGACAUUACAAAAUUGAGUUCUGAUGUGUCCAAGACCUUAGAGCAGGCCCUACAGCUUGCAGGUCAGCUGCACUCAACCCAUGAGGAGCUCUGCAAAUGGCUUGACAAAGUGGAAGUGGAGUUACUGUCAUAUGAAACUCAAAUACCAAAGGGUGAAGAAUUAAGCCAAGCACAAGAAAGACAAAAAGAGUUGAAAAAAGAAGCAAAAAACAACAAAGCCUUACUGGACACUCUCAAUGAAGUCGGCAGUGCCUUCCUGGAACUGGUGCCAUGGAGGGCCAGAGAGGGGCUUGACAAGAUGAUAACAGAGGACAACGAACGAUACAGAUUAGUGAGUGACACAAUCUCUCAGAAGGUGGAUGAGAUUGAUGCUGCCAUCCUGAGAUCCCAGCAGUUUGAUCAAGCAGCUGAUGCUGAACUCGCCUGGAUUGCAGAAACAGAAAAGAAACUGAUGUCUCUGGGUGAUAUUAGGCUUGAGCAAGACCAGACCACAGCUCAGCUACAAGUUCAAAAGGCUUUUACCAUGGAGAUUUUGAGGCACAAAGAUACUAUAGAUGAACUUGUUAAGUCUGGGGAUAAGAUUAUGAACACAUGCACUGAAGAAGAGAAGCAGACCAUAAAGAAAAAACUGAAAAGCCUGUUACAGAAAUACGAUACAGUCUGUCAAAUGAACUCAGAGAGAAACCUCCAGCUGGAACGGGCUCAGUCCCUAGUUAACCAGUUCUGGGAGACUUAUGAAGAGCUUUGGCCGUGGUUAACUGAAACAGAAAUGAUCAUCUCUCAGCUUCCUGCGCCAGCCCUUGAGUAUGAAACUUUAAAGCAACAACAAGAGGAACAUCGGCAACUGCGUGAGCUGAUUGCUGAGCACAAGCCUCAUAUAGAUAAGAUGAAUAAAACUGGGCCUCAGUUGUUGGAGCUGAGCCCAGGAGAAGGUUUCUCUAUCCAAGAGAAAUAUGUGGCAGCUGACACCCUUUACAGUAAAAUUAAGGAAGAUGUCAAAAAGCGAGCACUGGCACUGGAUGAAGCCAUUUCUCAGUGUACCCAGUUUCAUGACAAGAUAGAUCCAACUCUUGAGAGUCUGAAGCGCAUAGUUGAACGUCUGAGGCAGCCACCUUCAAUCUCAGCAGAGGUUGAGAAGAUUAAAGAGCAAAUUAGUGAAAAUAAGAAUGUGUCAAUGGAUCUGGAAAAACUUCAGCCAGUCUAUGAGACACUUAAGCAGCGAGGGGAGGAAAUGAUUGCUCGCUCAGAAGGAGCAGAUAAGGAUGUGUCUGCUAAAGCUGUUCAAGAUAAACUAGACCAAAUGGUCCUCAUUUGGCAAGACAUCCAGACCUUGACUGAGGAAAGGGAGGCCAAAUUGUUGGAUGUUAUGGAACUAGCUGAAAAGUUUUGGUGCGAUCAUAUGGCUCUCGUAGCUACUAUUAAAGAUACUCAGGACUUCAUUCGAGAACUGGAGGGACCUGGAGUUGACCCAUCUGUAGUCAAGCAACAGCAGGAAGCUGCUGAGGCUGCUAAAGAAGAAAUUGAUGGACUGCAAGAAGAACUAGAAACAGUUGUGAGCCUGGGCUCUGAACUUAGAGCUGCUUGUGGAGAGCCUGACAAACCUAUUGUCAACAAGAGUAUAGAUGAGCUGAACUCUGCCUGGGAUGCCUUAAACAAAACAUGGAAAGAGAGAGUGGACAAGCUUGCUGAAGCUAUGCAGGCAGCUGUUCAAUACCAAGAUGGACUGCAGGCAAUAUUUGACUGGGUAGACAUUGCCGGCAUCAAGUUAGCAUCUAUGUCCCCAGUUGGAACGGAUCUGGAGACAGUGAAGCAGCAGACAGAGGAACUUAAGCAAUUUAAAACAGAAGCUUAUCAGCAGCAGAUAGAAAUGGAAAGGCUGAACCAUCAAGCAGAACUAUUGCUGAAGAAGGUAACACAGGAAAGUGACAAGCACACUGUUCAAGACCCUCUCUCAGAGCUCAAACUAAUGUGGGACAGCCUAGAAGAAAAAAUCAUAAAUAGACAGCAUAAGCUGGAAGGUGCCUUGUUAGCCUUGGGGCAGUUCCAGCAUGCCCUGGAUGAGUUACUUACAUGGCUGACGCAUACGGAAGACUUGCUGAAUGAACAGAAACCCGUGGGUGGAGACCCCAAGGCUAUUGAAAUUGAACUUGCCAAACAUCAUGUGCUACAGAAUGAUGUUUUAGCUCAUCAGUCUACAGUGGAAGCAGUUAAGAAAGCAGGAAGUGACCUGAUUGAAUCAAGUGCUGUUGAAGAAGCAAGUAAUUUACGGAGCAAGUUGGAACUUCUGAAUCAGCGCUGGCAAAAUGUGUUGGAAAAAACAGAACAAAGGAAACAGCAACUGGACAGUGCCUUGAUCCAGGCCCAAGGUUUCCAUGGUGAAGUUGAAGAUAUGCAGCAAUGGCUGACAGACACUGAACGUCAACUGCUGGCAUCAAAACCUGUUGGAGGCUUACCAGAAACAGCAAGAGAACAGCUUAAUACCCAUAUGGAACUUUGUGCUGCCUUUGAAGCCAAAGAAGAGACAUAUAAGUGUCUAAUGCAGAAGGGCCAGCAGAUGCUUGCAAGAUGCCCAGAGUCUGCUGAAACAAAUGUUGAGCAGGACAUAAAUAACUUAAAAGAAAAGUGGGAAUCGGUACAAACAAAGCUCGGUGAAAGAAAAACAAAACUGGAAGAAGCCCUCAAUUUAGCAAUGGAGUUCCACAACUCACUUCAAGAUUUCAUCAAUUGGCUUACGCAGGCAGAGCAAACUCUAACUGCAGCUUCUCGGCCAAGCCUUAUCUUGGACACUGUCUUGUUUCAAAUUGAUGAACACAAGGUUUUUGCCACAGAAGUGAAUUCUCAUCGAGAUCAGAUCAUAGAGCUGGAUAAAACCGGUACCCAUUUGAAGUACUUCAGCCAGAAACAAGAUGUAGUCCUUAUUAAGAAUCUGCUGAUUAGUGUACAGAGUAGAUGGGAAAAAGUAGUUCAACGCUUAGUUGAAAGGGGAAGAGCUUUGGAUGAUGCAAGGAAACGAGCCAAACAGUUUCAUGAAGCCUGGCACAAACUUAUGGAGUGGCUGGAAGAAUCAGAGAAAUCUUUGGACUCUGAUCUUGAAAUUGCAAAUGACCCUGACAAAAUAAAGAUGCAGCUUGCACAGCAUAAGGAAUUCCAGAAAUCUCUUGGUGCCAAACAUUCUGUGUAUGAUACCACAAACAGGACUGGACGCUCCUUGAAAGAGAAAACCACUUUGGCUGAUGAUAAUUUGAAGCUUGAUGACAUGCUCAGUGAACUAAGGGAUAAAUGGGACACAAUUUGUGGAAAAUCAGUGGAAAGACAAAAUAAACUGGAGGAAGCCCUGUUAUUUUCAGGACAAUUUACUGAUGCUCUACAAGCUCUCAUUGAUUGGUUAUACAAAAUUGAACCUCAGCUAGCAGAAGAUCAGCCAGUGCAUGGAGACAUUGAUUUAGUGAUGAAUCUGAUUGACAAUCACAAGGUUUUCCAGAAGGAGCUGGGAAAAAGAACAAGCAGUGUUCAGGCUCUGAAGCGCUCUGCCAGAGAGCUUAUAGAGGGCAGUCGUGAUGACUCGUCCUGGGUCAAAGUCCAGAUGCAGGAGCUGAGCACUCGCUGGGAGACAGUUUGUGCCCUGUCAGUAUCCAAGCAAACACGGCUUGAACAGGCUCUCCGACAGGCAGAGGAAUUCCACUCUGUUGUUCAUGUCCUUUUGGAGUGGCUGGCAGAGGCAGAGCAGGCUCUUCGUUUCCAUGGCGUCCUUCCAGAUGAUGAAGAGGCCUUGCGUACACUGAUAGACCAGCACAGGGAGUUUAUGAAGAAACUGGAAGAGAAAAAAGCAGAACUGAACAAAGCAACAGGCAUGGGAGAAGCUAUCCUGGCUAUCUGCCAUCCAGACUCCAUCACCACCAUUAAGCACUGGAUAACAAUUAUCAGAGCAAGGUUUGAAGAGGUAUUAGCUUGGGCCAAACAGCAUCAACAAAGACUGGCAGGAGCUCUGGCUGGACUUAUUGCUAACCAGGAAUUGCUGGAAGCCUUGCUGUCCUGGUUACAGUGGGCAGAGACUACGCUUACUGAAAAAGAUAAAGAGGUUAUCCCCCAGGAGAUUGAGGAAGUUAAAGCACUUAUAGCUGAACAUCAGACAUUCAUGGAGGAAAUGACCAGAAAACAACCUGAUGUGGAUAAAGUUACAAAGACCUAUAAAAGAAAGGCACUUGAACCCACUCCUGUACAAUCUCAUAUUCCUGUCCUUGAUAAGGGGAGAGCAGGAAGAAAACGUUCCCCCACACCAGGCUUAUACCCAUCAGCAGCCCAGACACAAAUUGAAACCAAGAAUCCACGGGUAAACCUUUUAGUCAGCAAAUGGCAGCAAGUCUGGCUUCUGGCCUUGGAAAGAAGAAGGAAACUCAAUGAUGCUUUGGACAGACUUGAAGAGCUGAGAGAAUUUGCCAACUUUGAUUUUGAUAUUUGGAGGAAAAAAUAUAUGCGAUGGAUGAACCAUAAGAAGUCUCGUGUAAUGGACUUCUUCAGGAGGAUUGAUAAAGAUCAGGAUGGAAAAAUAACAAGGCAGGAGUUUAUUGAUGGAAUUCUUUCAUCAAAAUUCCCAACAAGCCGACUUGAAAUGAGUGCUGUUGCAGACAUUUUUGAUAGAGAUGGUGAUGGAUAUAUUGAUUAUUAUGAGUUUGUAGCAGCUCUUCAUCCAAACAAGGAUGCUUACAAGCCUCUCACAGAUGCUGACAAAAUUGAAGAUGAGGUUACAAGACAGGUGGCUAAAUGUAAAUGUGCAAAACGGUUUCAAGUGGAACAGAUUGGGGAUAACAAGUACAGGUUCUUCCUGGGAAAUCAGUUUGGUGACUCUCAACAACUCCGCCUUGUUCGUAUCCUAAGAAGUACAGUCAUGGUUCGCGUUGGAGGUGGCUGGAUGGCACUUGAUGAGUUCUUAGUGAAAAAUGAUCCUUGCAGGGCUAAAGGGAGGACAAAUGUGGAGCUGCGUGAGAAGUUCAUCUUGGCAGAUGGUGCCAGUCAGAGCAUGGCAGCUUUCAGACCAAGAGGCCGUAGAUCACGACCCUCUUCAAGGGGUGCUUCUCCCAACAGAUCUACUUCUCUGUCAAGUCAGGCUGGCCAGGCAGCUGCUCCGCAAGCAGUUGCUACAAGUACACCAAAGACACCACAUCAUUUAACACGCAACUAUGGUAAACCAUGGUUGACAAACAGCAAAACGUCAACUCCUUCUAAGCCACCAGAAUCCUCAGACUAUCAAGGGUCAUCUGCAGAGGGAACACCUAUUCAAGGAAGUAAACUCAGACUGCCAGGAUAUCUAUCAGGGAAGGGUUUCCACUCUGGAGAAGACAGCGGCAUCCUGUCCACAGCAGCUACCAGGGUCAGAGCUCAGUUUGCAGAAACCAGGAGAACUCCAAGCAGACCUGGGAGCCGAGCAGGAAGCAAGGCUGGCAGCAGGUCGAGUAGCCGCAGAGGCAGCGAUGCAUCUGACUUUGAUAUUUCAGAAAUCCAGUCUGUAUGCUCAGAUAUGUCAGAGACUGUUCCAGCUGCAAGCAGACCGACGCCCCGAGCAGGUUCUCGGCCAGGAUCAGCCAAGCCUUCUAAAAUUCCGACUCCCCAGAGAAGGCCGAUAGCCAGCAAAUUGGACAGGUCCUUGAAGAGAUAAUAUGAUUAGCUUCCUAAAGGUUUUUUUCCUUUUGCGUUAAGUAUUUAAGUUCGUAAGAUGUAAAAUAUUCUGUAGAAAUUGUUGUGAAAUAUCGCAAGAGGUGGAUUUUUAAUUCUGCAGAUGGCCUUAUUUGUGUAUUUGUCUUCUUAUUUUAUGUGUAUAAUUUUUGUCAAAUUUGUUUUUGUUUAUGCCAUAUCCUGUGAGGAGGGGGGAGAGUUUUAAUGUAAACUAACAGUUGUACACAGUAAUGUGUAGAAAGUACACUAAAAAAUAAUUACCAAAUGUACAGUGUACUGAAUGUACAGUAAAUCUCUGGAGCCUGAAGAAAAUAGACCUAUCACUAUGUCAUUAGAUAACAGUAAAGGAUACCUCAAGAUUUUUCUUUAAAAAAGAAAAAGAAUACUAAAAAGCCAAAAGACACAAUUGCGCAUUUUGAGCUAAUGAAACAAACACUAAAGGAUGUGUGUCAAAGCUACCGAGGAAUACAGACCCACAGUCACAGUACCCUUAUUUAUACAGCAUCUCUCAGAGAACUCACAGAGUUAAGCACUUGCCAGUAAUAUGAUACUCCAAUACCUUGCAGCGUUUCUGUGCCAUUGCUUUCAGUGAGGCCAGACACAUUCUGGAUAUCGGAACUAUUAUUCUAUAAGAAUAUCAAUAUAAAGUGCAUUCAUGUAAACGUGAGGUUUUCUUUUGCUUGAGUGGAUGGUAGCACUGUAUUAUUGAACUCAUUUUGUAUCAAAGCAAUUUUGCUUGCAGAAGGCUCUGAAAUAAACAUGUCCCUUAACUUUA